AGCCGAUGUUUGGCAACUUCCAGUAUGCAGUUGGCGCAGGACCCCGCAAGACUGGAUAUUCCCACGUACUCUGAGGUCACCUCAGAUCGGUGACUAGUUUAUUGUAUAUCUUACCAUUUAAUCUUGCUCAUGGUGUUUAGCAACAAGAAUUUGAACUCGGGUACUUCCUUCGUGAGACAUACCCCAAUCCUGAUUCGCCAUCUUUCAUCCAGCACUGAUGUGGUAAAUACCGGUCAGCUGGCAGUCGGCAUAGAUGCUGGUAGAGGAGAGGAGAUGUCAGACUCGACUUCGCGUGUGCCCUGCUUCAGGAUUUACGCUCAUCCACAGUCGGAGAUAACUUUGGCGAAUGGACGAACGGUCCUCCCUCCUCUUACUAGAGAAUACCAAUUUGUUUCAAACAAGUUGACCUGCUAUCAGAGCUGCUCUUUCGUUCUCUGACUGGUCUGCUGUAGUGCAUUCACCAGAGUUUUGGCAAGCUGCGUCUCUCACCUGCUGGAUAGAUUGCGAGACGUGAGUAUCAUCAUUUCUUCCCAGGUUACUUUUGAAACCAGCGACAGUCAUCAAGCUCUCACACUGGC